ACGUGGAGGUUCCUGCGGCCGUAACUGAAAUGGUAUUGCUACCACCUCGCACGCGUAGGCUGUCUGGGAGGCGUAAGGAGGGGAGGAUUCCGUCAGUUGGAGAGAUACCGGGGACGAGCUCUAAGAAGACGGAACCGAACAUGUGUUCAAGAUGCACGCAACCUGGGCAUAAUCGUACUAGUUGCACGAAUCCGAAA